CCAACUCGCCGUCACCAGUCCGGACUCAAAGCACCGACAGCAUUCACUGCUUCAUCUCUACUUAUCUCAUCAACACAAUUGAUCUUAUUGUUGGCAGCCAUCUUCCGCUAGGAGGGACGUCUAAGGCUGCAUAUAUCCGCAUUGUAACCUGCUCGAUACACAACGCUUAUCGCCAUCUCUUCGCACCCAAUUCACACCGGUGAGAGCUCGCGUGAUUACUGCCUGCGGGCAGGAUGUUCUCCGAAUGUAUGACUCGAGGAGAAUACCCUCCAGAGAAAACCAUGCUGAUGAGCUUCUAGACGCCUCCCGCUUCCUGGCUCAGUCACAAUCACGUAUCAGUUUUGCCCCCGUCGAAGAGCGCCGUUCUCCAGAUGAUCGAUCCCGACGCUCAAAUCAGACAUGGAGGGCGUCGACGGCAUCGAGGACCUCCAAUACUCGAGUCCCUAACCCUUAUCAGCCUACCGCUUCGCAAUUGUCCGCAUUCCCUUUCGCAUCACGUUUAAAUCCUCAACAAGCGCCCCUCUUCUACAGUGCUACCGAUGAGUUCCGGGAAGAGAACGACGAAGAAGAGCAUGAACGAGACAUGGCAGAUUUCUACGCACUGCAGAGAUCGAGAAGGCAACUCGGAGCCAGUGAUCUCCAGGCAUCGUCCGAUGCGGGAGAAGGAAGUGAAGACAGCAUAAACGGAGAAAGCAGCCACAGGGACGACGUGCACGAGCUAGGCAUGAGAAGAGGAGGUGGCAUUAGGAGUUCAUGGCAUGGCGGCGUCCGAUCGUCUCGACGGAGAGGGCCAGGCCUGGAAGAUCUAGCAGAAUCAGCAGACUCAGUAGAGUCGGACCCGGCCACUGCAAGUAGGGCCUCACGGACUCGUAUGGUUGACGUCGGCUUGGAGGACACCUUGAGAAGUGAAUAUGACGACGAGCCUCCUGAGGAUCUGAUGGAGAAUCCUCCGUCCGUCCAGCAACUGCGGACACGCAAAGCAGCCUUGCACGAUGACUCUGGGCCAGAGUAUUCGGAUGGGGAUGAUAGUGACGACGCACCUCGAAAACGACUCCUUGCCGAUGAGCAGAGUCGUGCAAUCGACGGGCAUGGCCAACCUGACGAUCUUCAACCACCACCAAAUCGGCAACCUAAGCAUGAUGCCUUUUGGGGACAGAUCUAUCUCCUGAAUCUGGCAGCCAUGUUUACUACCUGGUUUCUCAUUUUCCUUCACACCGAGUCGCCCAGUAAGAGGCAACCACUUGGCGACACAAUAUAUACAACCUUGCACGGAUCAUUUUAUCUUUUAGCGACUUAUACCCUUGUAGCGACCUUCGUUUCACUAUUUUGGCUUGCGGCACUCAGGUCGUAUGUUCGAUAUCUUGUCUACGGCAUUGUCAUUGCCGUGCCAGUCAUUCUUUAUUCAUUCUGGCUCUACCCAUUCAUCUCCAGCUACCGGGGGGCCUUGCACGGAUCAAGUGCUCAGGACACUGUCAUGCGAUGGUCUUCUCUCGUCCCGGCGGUCAUGGCCACGCUAUGGAUCUUAGCGGUCAUACGAGGCAGGCUGGCCAUGCAAAAGGCCAUCUCAAUACUGGAGUUUGCCACCAGGAUCCUGGCCGCCAAUCCAACCUUGGUCUUGGUAGGGUUUUCGGUUUUGGGAUUCAUAAUCAGCUUUACCUGGCUGUGGCUCUCCAUGUUCACCAGGGUCUUCCUGGGUGGCCAUCCCUUAUCUCGUUCUACGAUCAGCAGAUUCGUGAUCGAUACCUCCACAUGGUGGGUUGGAUUGUACUUCGUUCUAGUCUAUCUCUGGACAAUCGCCUUUGCUUUUGGCAUGCAGCGCACCAUCACUUCUGCAACAGUUUCGCAAUGGUACUUCCACCGUCUAGCCAUUCCAGCACCGACAUCUCAAGCCAUCGUAAAGGCGGCUUUAUUUCAUUCGGCGACUACGCUUUUCGGGACAAUUUCUCUUUUUACGGGACUGGGACUGUUGGUUAGACUCCCACUGCUUGUCCUACCCCGUCGGAUGACAAUGCUUCUGGGAGUGGCCAUGUACUCCUUCAUACCGAGUCCAAUUGCUGUGCUGAUCAAUCCGCUGACUCUCACAUACGCGGCCAUUCACUCUCAGCCUCUCAGCGUCAGCGCGAGAGGACUUUCUCAGAUGCAUUUUCUCACACCGAACGAUGCCACGACGUCUUUGCAUCCCAAUACGUUCAAUCGGCGUCAACGCUCAGAUGGCUGGUCUGCCGAUACGACCCCGCUGUUACCCUACCGGUUAGCCAAACUCAUACUACAUGCGACAAGAUUCAUCAUGUCCCUAGCCUUGGGGUUUGGUGGAUGGGUCUCAACUGCGCGGUCUCUACGACUCGAAGGAGCCGGCGCCAAGGGAAGCCUCUAUGCAUAUGUGGUCGGUCUCAUAGCCGGAGCCAUUGGCUGGGGGAUCCUGGGAGCGAUGGAGGGCGUGCUCGCGUGCAUUGUGGAUGCCGUAGUGGUGUGCUGGGGAAGUGAAGUAGGUAGUACUGGCACUGGGGAAGUCAGGUAUUGCCGAGAAGCAGGCAAUCUUUUCGGUGAGGAUGAGGACAGAAUCGGACGAGUCAGCCUAGCUUGAAGCUCGUCCGGAAUGCGUGCUUCCUCCAGUACCAAGAAGGAGGCCACUUGAGGACGAGAAGGAGAUCAAUCUGUCGGCGACAGCUCUGAUAGCCAGACUAGAGACCAACGGUUGGAGGCUAGAAUCGAGUAUUAUCCCUUGACAAAACCCACCACGUUCAUAUUUAGAUGGAGACUUGUACUUUUCACGUGCCGGCCAUUCUUUUUUUGGCCCUUUUGACUAUGGAUUUUACUAGAGGGCGAACUCUGCUGCGGAGUCCAGUCAACAUGUCAGGC